GUCAGUUUUCGUUUGGUAACCAGUUUAUUUUCUGGUGUGUUUUUACAACAUAUUUUGUGUAAUGCUGUAUGAUUUUCAGUUAUAAACUACAAACUGAACACCUACAUAUAGUGAUAUUGAAUGGCUGAUGUCUUCACCCCACAUCUCCGGAGAUGCGUCAAACGUGUAUGGAUUUCUAGUUUGAGAGAAGCUCACCAGGAAACUAUACAUUCUGACCACCAGGAAACUAUACAUUCUGACCACCAGGGAACUCUACAUUCUGGCCACCAGGAAACUACAUUCUGGCCACCAGUAAAUUCUACAUUGUGAACACCUGUAAACUAUACAUUGUGAACACCAGGAAACUAUACAUUUUGAUUAACAUUCUGAUCACCAGGAAAUUAUACAUUCUGAUCUAUACUGGUAAAAAAGUAAGACGGGAGUGCAAAAUGUGAACUGAAAACCUCCAUCUGAAAAUCAGUAUGUCAUUAGCUACUGUUACUGCUGUUACAACUACAAAAUGUGAAGUCUGCUCAAAGUUUUGUAGAAGUAAAUCUAAUUUAGAAAUGCACAUGCGCGUCCAUUCUGGAGAGAGACAGUUCAAAUGCGGAAUGUGUUUAAAGGAUUUCUCUUCCAAAAGUAACAUUAAAACACACAUGAAUAUUCACACAAAACAAUUUGGUGAGAAACUUCUCAAAUGUCAUAUAUGCCCCAAAUGUUUUACAACAACUGCAGACUUGAAACGCCAUUUUGCUAUUCAUUUUGGUGAAAAACCUUUCAAAUGUGAUGUGUGCACAAAAUGUUUUAAAUGCAGUUCCUAUUUGAAAACUCACAAAAUGCUUCAUACUGGUGAAAAACCUUUCAAAUGUGAAAUGUGCACAAAAUGUUUUAGAGAACGUUCCACUUUGAAAACUCACAAAAUGCUUCAUACUGGUGAGAAACCUUUUAAAUGUGAUAUGUGCACAACAUAUUUUACACAUAUUCUAAGUUUGAAAACUCACAAAAUGCUUCAUACUGGUGAGAAACCUUUCAAAUGUGAUAUGUGCACAAAAUGUUUUACACGAAGUUCCAGUUUGAAAUAUCACAAAAUGUUUCAUACUGGUGAGAAACCUUUUAAAUGUAAUGUGUGCAAAAAAUGUUUUGCAUGCAAAGGAACCUUAAAAAAACACAUGUUUGUUCAUACUGGUGAGAAACCUUUCAAAUGUGAUAUGUGCACAAAAUGUUUUACAAAAAGUUUCAGUUUGAAAACUCACAAAAUUCUUCAUAACGGUAUAACGGUAAAGCCAUUCAAAUGUGAUAUGUGCCCAAAACGUUUUACAACAACUGCAGUCUUGAAACGCCAUAUUGUGAUUCAUUCUGGUGAAAAACCUUUCAAAUGUGAUAUGUGCACAAAAUGUUAUACACACAGUUCCAGUUUGAAAGAUCACAAAAUGCUUCAUACUGGUGAGAAACCUUUUAAAUGUAUUGUGUGCAAAAAAUGUUUUGCAGGCAAAAGAACCUUAAAAAAACACAUGUUUAUUCAUACUGGUGAGAAACCUUUCAAAUGUGAUAUGUGCACAAAAUGUUUUAUACAAAAUUCCAGUUUGAAAACUCACAAAAUUCUUCAUAACGGUAAAAAGCCAUUCAAAUGUGAUAUGUGCCCAAAACGUUUUACAACAACUGCAGUCUUGAAACGCCAUAUUGUGAUUCAUUCUGUUGAAAAACCUUUCAAAUGUGAUAUGUGCACAAAAUGUUUUAGAGAAAGUUCCAGUUUGAAAACUCACAAAAUUAUUCAUACUGGUGAGAAACCUUUUAAAUGUUGUAUGUGCACAAAAUGUUUUACACAAAGUUCCAGUUUGAAAGCUCACUUAAUUCUUCAUACUGGUGAGAAACCUUUCAUUUGUGGAGUGUGUGCAAAAUGUUUUACAAACAAACAAGCCUUAAAACGCCAUAUAUUGAUUCAUACUGGUGAGAAACCAUUCAAAUGUGAAAUUCCUCAAAAUGUUUUACAUAGAAUUCCACUUUGAGACUACAUAACAUGCUUCUUUGUGGUGAGAAACCAUUCAAAUGAGAUUUGUGCACAAUUUUUUUUUACACAGAGUGCCCAAUUAAAAGACCAUAAAAUGUUUCAUUAUGGUUAGAAACCUUUCAAAUAAAAUAUCUACUAACAAUGAUCUGUCCCCAUUGAAUGGAUGUUGUAGACCCGAGCCUUUGGUGAACAUCAACCUCUGGCUUUAGCGAAGAACCAAUUAAAGGUCAUAAUUUUAUAGUUGACCAAUCAGAUUCUGUACAAGCAAUCUGCACACUAUGUAAUUAUUGAAAAAAAGAUAUUAUCCCAGAUAUUUUGGCCAAUAUUGACAAUAUGCUAAUAAUUAAAAAAAGCCUCGUUUUGCGUUGAACUAGACGUCACAUUAACUAGUAGUCCCGCAAACAGAGCCAUAAAAAAGACUUAGUUUUUGAGUAGGUGGUCAUGGAAAGGCAACAUCUGUCCUCGUGGAUAGACAUGGUCAUUGGGGUGUUGUAAGCAUGAAAUCAUUUGAUGAUGGCGUCAAAAAUGUGUGUGAAGAAAUUGGCGACCAUGUUUCAAAAUGGUGUGUGUUUCAGAGUUUAACAUUCAUAUCUCGGUGGCUGCUCCAGCUAGGAAUGUGUGUGUGUGGUCAAAUAACAUGAAACUAAUAUUUGUAAUAUGAUUUGAUGUAAAUUUUACCCACAAUUUAAAACAAAUGCAACUAAACCUAUCCCAUCAUACUUUUAUUAUGGUGAAAUAAUUAAGCAGAUACAAUACUGUCGAGUUUGUAGAAUGGGUAACAGUAACCUAAAUGGUCAUACAUUUAAGUGUCAUUUCUUAGAUAAUCCAAAAUGUGCUUGUGGGCAUCAUCUGGAAGAUCAUAACAUUUUAUUAUUUGGCGAUCUACACUCAACUAAUCAGGAAAAUAUAGACAUUUUAAAAUCCGUUCAUGACUGUUUUGUUAGCACUAAACGUUUUGAAACUUAAUAGCACUCUUUCAUUUCUCAUUUCUUAUUUCACGUAGUCUCAGUUCUACUGGCGUCCCGCUACAUGAAGACAAACAAAGCUGGCCAUUGCGUUACUAGUUGACCUAGAUAAUGUAGAUAAGCGAGCAUUGCGAA